AUGGAGAUUGAUUCAACAAAUCAAGAAAAUCUUAAUGUUUUCACCAUGUGGUGGAACAAGCUUAAGGAUUUUCCAAGAAAAUUUCAAAUAAAAAUUGGAAAAAUUGCUAAGAACACAAAGCAAAUUGGCAAAGAUGAUCCAAGAAAAAUUUGGCAUGCCUUUAAAGUGGGAUUAGCUCUCACUUUAGUUUCUUUAUUCUAUUACACUGAACCACUAUUUCAUAACUUUGAUCAACCAGUAAUGUGGGCUGUCCUUACUGUGGUGGUUACUUUUGAAUUUACAGCGGGUGCAACCAUAUCAAAGAGCAUAAAUAGAGGAAUUGGCACAGCACUAGCUGGUGCAUUUGGUCUUGGAGCUAAAUACUUAGCUGAAUUAAUUGGGAGAGAAGGGCCAAAUCCUAUAAUUCUUGGGGUUUUGGUCUUUAUUGUAGGUGCUUUAGGUACAUUUACAAGAUUUUACCCUCAUAUUAAGAGGAGGUAUGACUAUGGAACCAUGAUAUUUGUCUUGACCUUUUGUUUGGUUGCGGUCUCCGGUUAUCGAUCAGAAAAUAUUUUUCAAUUGGCUCAUCGACGGAUAUCCACUAUUUUUAUUGGUGUCUUCACUGUCAUGAUCAUCUCCAUGAUUAUUCGUCCAGUGUGGGCCGGAGAAGAUCUUCAUAAGCUUGCUAGUACCAAUCUUGAAAAGCUAGCAAGCUAUCUAGAAGGAUUUGGAAGUGAAUAUUUUCACAUUUCUGAGAAUAAAAGUGUUGAAGGUAACAACAAUAAUGAAAAGGGAUUUCACGAAGCUUUUUUAAGUAUUCUUGGUUCCAAGGCAACUGAGGAAUCUUUGGCAAACUUAGCAUGGUGGGAACCCCCUCAUGGAGCUUUCAAGUUUAAUCAUCCAUGGAAACAAUACUUGAAGAUUGGUAGUCUUGUUAGAAAAUGUGCUUGCCAUCUUCUAGCUCUUAGUAGCCAUAUAAACUCAAAAUCUCAGGCACCAAAUGAAUUUGAGAGGAGGACAGAAGAAGCAUGCAAAAAAAUGAUUAUGGAAUCUAAAAAUGCAUUAAAAGAACUUGCAUUGUCCAUUAAAACUAUGGCACAACCAAUUUCUUCGAUACGUAACACAAAAAAUGUCAUUGAUGACCUAAAACUCACACUAGGCACCUCAAAAACCCUUUUUCGAUACGAUGAAUCGCGCGUCAUGGACUUUGUUCCCACCGCGUCCGUCGUGUCAUUACUCAUCUCCGUCACUAAAUGUGUCGACGAGAUCUCUGAGGCUAUCGAGGAGCUUUCGAGCAAAGCACGGUUUGAGAAGAAGAGUACGUCGCCACCUCCACCAUCCCGGUCGCAUUGGCCACAUAUAUUGCACCGUGGGACCGUGAAUCCUAUUGUGGAGGAUGAGGUGGAUGGUGGUAAUUUUGUCAAGAUCGAGAUAGGUGACAAUGUAGAAUCAAAGGGGAAAGUUGUAGUAGAGGAAGUGAAUCCUAUUGUGGAGGAUGACGUGGAUGGUGGUGAUUUUGUUACGAUCGAGAUAGGUGACAAUGUAAAAUCAAAGGGGAAAGUUGUAGUAGAGGAGGUGAAUCCUAUUGUGGAGGAUGAUGUGGAUGGUGGUGAUUUUGUUACGAUCGAGAUAAGUGACAAUGUAGAAUCAAAGGGGAAAGUGGUAGUAGAGGAGGUGAAUCAAGUGAGUAAUCAAAUAAAUGCAACAAAAGAGGAAUCUUUUGUUAUUUGGAUACGUGGAAGCACCGCAAUGGCAAUAGUGGAAGAGAUGAAAACGCCAAAAAAUAUAAGAGAUUUUAUGGACUUAGUUGAUAUAAAGCUUUGUAAUAGCACACAAUUUUUCGAAUCAACUGAAGGAGUACUAACAAUCCUAGAGGGGAUGAAUCAAGUGAGUAAUCCACUAGCUGUGACAGAAGGAGAACCUGUUGUUAUUGGAAUACGUGGAAACACGACAACAACAAAAGUGGAAGAGAUGGAAAUGACUAAGAAGAAAGUAGAACUAACAGACUUAGUAGAUAUAAAGUUUGAUAAUAGUAUUCAAUUUCUCGAAUCUAUAUUGAUGACCGUAACAACAGCAGUGGAGGAGAUGAAAACGACGGAGAAAAAGGAGACUUUGUAA